UUCACUUCCGGGCCGCCGCCUGGGGUGGCUACGUAUGUUGUCAUAGCGACCAUUUUUCCGUUAACCGGCUUGUGGCUUUUAUCCCAGCGGCUGGGAGACUGCGGGGCAGCUUUCCCCCACUCCUUCUCGGCUUCCUGGGGCCGAAGGCCUUAGCAGCCUCCGGGGGUCUGGCCUAGCGUCCGCGCUGCCUCGCGGGGCGGCAUGGCUACGGAAGAAGAGGACGAGGUGGAAUGGGUGGUGGAGAGCAUCGCGGGGUUCCUGCGAGGCCCGGACUGGUCCAUCCCCAUCUUGGACUUUGUGGAGCAGAAAUGUGAAGUUUUUGAUGAUGAAGAAGAAAGCAAAUUGAGCUAUACAGAAAUUCAUCAGGAAUACAAAGAACUAGUUGAAAAGCUGUUAGAAAAUUACCUCAAAGAAAUUGGUAUUAAUGAAGAUCAAUUUCAAGAAGCUUGCACUUCUCCUCUUGCAAAGACCCAUACAUCACAGGCCAUUUUGCAACCCGUGUUGGCAGCAGAAGAUUUUACUAUCUUUAAAGCAAUGAUGGUCCAAAAAAACAUUGAAAUGCAGCUGCAGGCCAUUCGAAUAAUUCAAGAGAGAAAUGGUGUAUUACCUGACUGCUUAACAGAUGGUUCUGAUAUGGUCAGUGACCUUGAGCAGGAAGAGAUGAAAAUCCUGAGGGAAGUUCUUAGAAAAUCAAAAGAGGAAUAUGACCAGGAAGAAGAAAAGAAGAAAAAAAACCAGUUAUCAGAGGCUAAAACAGAAGAGCCCCCAGUGCAUACCAGCGAAGCUGCAAAAAUGAGCAAUUCCCCAGGGGAUGGUGAACAUACUGCACAGCCACCCUCAGAUAUGAAAGUGCAUUUUGCUAAUCAGUCAGUACAACCAUUGGCAAGAAAGGUAGAAAUGUUGCCUGAAACUUCCUCCCUUCCACAAAAAGGCCUGAAGAUUUCUGGCUUAGAACAUGCAAGCAUUGAAGGACCAAUAGCAAAUUUAUCAGUCCUUGGAAAAGAAGAGCUUCAGCAACGAGAGCAGUACCUCAAGCAGAAGAGAGAUAAGUUGAUGUCCAUGAGAAAGGAUAUGAAGACUAAGCAGAUACAAAAUACGGAGCAGAAAGGAAAACCUACUGGAGAGGCAGAGGCAAUGACAGAGAAACCAGAAAUGACAGCAGAGGAGAAGCAAACACUACUAAAGAGGAGAUUGCUUGCAGAAAAACUUAAAGAAGAAGUUAUUAAUAAGUAAUAAUUUAAAAAUUUUAGCAAAAACAGCGCUCAGAUUUUCUCAAAAAUAAAUUAUUUAACCCUUACAC